AUGGUUCAAUUCACAUCCUUCUUUCUCUUGGGCGUUGCCAGUCUCUCCGCCCUCAUCGCAGCUCAUCCGGGGGAGGGCCAUAAUGCCGAAGCCGCAGCGCGUGCAGCCUUCCUCCAAAGCAAGUCCCUGCAGUCGCGCAGCAUCGCCAACUGUCUGUCUUCCAGUCUGAAAGCGCGUGGCUAUGAAGCUCGGAAUAUUGCUCGUCGCGAAGCCGCUCUCCAAAAAAUCCGAGAGGCCAGGGGAUUAAGGAGAUACAUGAAAGCACGUGAUCUCGAUACCUUGCUCAACAGAACCCACCACUCAAACCUGACAGGCCUGACCCCUUUCACUGACCCUGACAUGCUUUUCCACUCGAACGGGACCUGCGUUCUUUCGGAAGACGUCACUCAGGGACCGUACUAUGUCACCGGCGAAUUGAUUCGCAAUGACCUGACUGAGAGCCAAAAGGGCGUGCCACUGUAUUUGGAUAUCCAGCUCGUCGAUAGUAGCACCUGCGACCCCAUUCCGGAAGUAUAUCUCGAUAUUUGGCACUGCAACGCUACUGGUGUAUACUCGGGUAUUGUUGCAAAUGGCAAUGGCAACGCCGAUGACUCGAGCAACUUGAACACAACGUUUUUGCGAGGUGUGCAAAAGACUGGUCCAGAUGGGGUGGUGCAGUUUCAAACAAUCUUCCCGGGACAUUACACUAGCCGUGCUAAUCACAUUCACGUUCUUUCCCAUCCGGCCAACGAAACAAUCGUCUAUCCCAACGGCACCAUUUCUGGGCUGUAUUCAGCGCACGCAUCGCAUGUUGGCCAGCUUUUCUUCGACCAGGACCUCAUCUCCGCCGUCGAGGACACGGACCCUUACAGCACCAACACCCAAACUCUGACCGAGAAUUCCGAGGACUCGAUCUUGGCGCAGGAGGCAGACAGUGGUAUCGAUCCGUUUGUAGAAUAUGUUUUCUUGGGCGAUGAUGUAUCGGAUGGCAUCUUUGGGUGGAUUUCCGUUGUGAUUGACACUUCUGAAGAUAGCACCAUUACCCCGGCGGCGGAGUACACGGCUGAGGGCGGCGAGUCCAAUGAUAACAGUCGUCCUUUCUAACCGGGUUUACUUAGUGCACAAUGACGGUGACAGGGUGGAAGCUUUUUGCAAGUGUCAUGAGCCGAGUUAUACUGCUCCUAGCAAAGUUUUGGUAUGAAUAAAACUGUGGAGCUGGUGCACGGUUCUGGGGCGUGAACUCGAGGAUAAAGCUGAAGGCGAUUGCGAGAGAGUGUAAUUAGCUUAUGGCAGAAUAAAUUUUG